AGUAGUCGCGCAGCGCCGCGAGAGCAGUACGGAAGGGUUCGAGCCGAGAGGUAGACUUGGCAGCGGAGGCAGCCAAGACCGAGUCAGCGACACCCGAGAAUGAAAUACUCGCCCCAGCAGCAACAGCAGCAACAGCAGAAGGAGCGCAAGUCCGAGAGCGAGAUGAGUUCGGUGAACGCGACGCCAUCCCGGGCGUCCGGCGGCCUCCAGUGCAACGCCUCCGCGGCCUCCGGGCCCUCGACUCCGGCGCCACGACGCGCCACCACCUGCCGUCCCCUCUCCACGGACAUGUUCGCCUGGAUGCGCGUCUUUCGGCUAGCGACGAUGCUCCACCAGGUCGGCUGCUAGUCGACCCGCGUCACCUUAUCACAGCUUCUCGCUCGAGUCCCUCCCCGCCCCGCUCCAUUUUUCCACUACAGUCCUUCCUCGAUACAGUACUUUCAUUGGCGGCAAGGAUGAGCGGGUCUCCGCUCUCCUGUGAACGCCUAACCUCCUCCUCUCCUCUCUUCAGUUUGUCCCACGGAGAUGACCCCUGUACCCUUUACCGUACGCAAUAGAUUACAAAGAAACAAAACAAAGCAAGAACCGAAUACGGCCUCUCUCUCUCUCUCUCUCUCUAACUCGACUGUCACUUCAGUCAGCCGUUCAUCCACGCUCCCCCCUCCCAUCGCCCUACCCACUACCGCCAAUCACGUGACUCUUAUCGCUUAUCAGGCGCAUCUGCCAUUAAUUUGCGCGUUACUUGACCGCGGCUUUCGCUGACCCUUCCAUUAGUCCUUUCCAACCGCUAAGACCUCUUCCAAGACCGUCUCGUAAUACCAUUUUUGCUCAUUUAAUACGGAUUACAUUUUCAAGUACAAGAGAUAGUAACAGCGAUAUUAUUGAUUAUAUUGUUGAUCGAGAAAAAAUGCUUUGCGAAUAUUAAGUAAGUAAAUAUCGUUCGAGGAUCGAAUUUUUAACGCUUACCGUUAACUUUUUAACCGCAUUUCUGAUGAAUCCGGCCCUUCUCUUCCUUUACAAAACUCCUGGACAAGCGCCCCACUGACUUUGAUGUUAUUAUAAAAUUUUUUAUUUUUUUUUUUGUUUUUGUUUUACAUAAUUGGCGGGCACUUUCCUUCUUUCCCUUCUGGGUCAUUCCUAAGGUAGUCGGCAGAGUCAGAGAAAGAGAUAGCGUCCCAAUUACCAUAUAGUUGACUUUAUUAGCGCGCCGAGCGCCAAAGCAACUCCAUUGGAAAGAAAAAGAGAAAAAUCAAGAAAGAAGAAAAAAAAAGAAAAAAAAUACCCAUAAAUAAAA